AUGUCCCAACAACUUCGUGUAUCGGCGCGACUGCUUCGGACUUCGCAAGUCGGAGCACGCGCUAGACGGACAUCAUUGGUCAGAUUUCCAACUUCCCAUAGAUCGCUUCAUGUUGGCUACACAUUAUGGCAGAAACAGCCGCAGUUAGCAACUCCGGAACUCAACAAAUACAAGGAAUAUUACAACCAGCUGCAAAAAGCUAUCAAUGAGGUUCCCGAGGAGCUGGCGACUCAGUCAGCGUCUUUAAGCACGCUGCAUAAAAGGCUAAGACUACCGGACAUAUUCCCUAAAUCGACCCUGGCGAGAUGCUUGACAUGCCGCUCUUCCCAACUUUCUUCAGAACUCAAUGCGCCAUCGAAUGGCGCUGCAUUUCCUAAUACCGUUCCUACAAAUAAUUUUUACGACAACCAUGGACUAAACAUAUUCGGCAAGAACUUGCUAACUUACCAUGUCACCCGGCAGAUAAUGGCGAAAUAUCCACGUCUACCCACCGUAGUCUUAAAUGCUGCUGUUGACGCUUACAUCUCACAGAACGUACUAGCCAGUGUAGGCAAGUCGUGGGGUAUUGAACUGGAAAACACUUCCGUCCUAGACAGAUAUAUCAAGGAAGAACCCAUUCAGCUCUCAUUGGGCAGGUUGCGAUUUUUCAAUAACACGCUAAAAAAAGAAGACGGCGUGGAAUUAAUAAUGGGACAAAACUUCUCGGAGGAGGCUGCCUUUGCAUUAGCCGUGAGAAGCGUUAUUGGUGCCUUAUGGGCAUACACUCACGAAAAAAAUCCUGCAUUAGCGUUUAAAUUUAUCGACGACCAUAUUUUGUCUCGUAAAUUGGACGUUUCCAAAAUAUUUCAAUUCGAACAACCUACAAGAGAACUGGCAGUACUGUGCCGUCGUGAAAAUCUAGAAGCACCAAUCUCGAAACUGCUGGCCGAGUCCGGUAGAAAUUCUAAAGCGCCGGUGUUUAUCGUUGGUGUUUUUGCCGGAUCUGAGAAACUAGGCGAAGGUUUCGGCUCGUCUUUAAAAGAAGCAAAAGCUAGAGCCGCCACCGAUGCAUUAACAAAAUGGUACUGCUACGAACCUGUCAAGGGCCAAGCUUCUGUUAUUGAUCAUGGUGCCAUUAUUGUCUAA